GAGCUGUGGCAGUCCAAUGGAGGGAGACAGGUGGACUCACACAGCUGUUUCCUGACAAGACAAGAACUCACAAACGUCAAGGCUCAGCACCGGCAGGAGACUCGCUCAGCACCAUAGGGAAUGAAGCAACAGCACCCUCGCCCUCAGCGCCACCCUUGCCAUGUGCUGACCCGGUGACAGAGAAGUGUGGCCGGGUGUCAGGAGUGGAUGAGACAGUGAGAGUUUAUACCUGUGGACUUUCCUGUUGAUUAUUAACAUUUCUCAGGAUGAUGAGAAUGGCGAGGGAGAAUAUUGGUGGGGUGUGUGCCACCAUUGGCGGCAUCCUCAUCCACCUCACUCUUGGGAAUCUCUACAGUUUUGGGAACAUGAUGACGUACAUGGUGUCAUUCAUGCAUGAAAGGGUUGAUCCCAGCAUCACCUAUGCCAACUUUUUGUGGGUCAACUCUAUCACCACUACAUCCCAGGGGUUCUUCAUGGUGCUGGGGGGACUGCUGGAGAAGAGGAUUGGGCCUCGCCUCACCUGCCUCAUCGGCUGCUCCUUACUCAGUACCGGCAUAAUGUUGACGAGCUUAACGGUAGAGGUGUCACUGUUUGCAGUAAUCCUGACUUAUGGCUUGUUGGCUGGACUAGGAAUAUCCUUAUCAUAUACCACCCCCCUGUCUUGUGGAAUGCAGUGGUUCCCGAGACACAAGGGUCUGAUCAAUGGCCUGAUUGUUGCUGGCUUUGGUCUGGGCGCCCUCGGCUCCACCACCCUUCAGACAAUGUACCUCAAUCCUGAUAAUAUAUCUCCACAGGAUAAUGGAUAUUUUACAGAUCCUGGCAUCCUCGACUAUGUGCCGAGUGUGUUCAUCUUGCUUGGCGUUAUCUUUCUUGUGAUGCAGGUCAUAGGCUGCCUGCUGUUGAAUAAGCCGCCAGAUAACAGAACUACUCAUCAUGGACAGGAGGUGGAAGGUCUGUUGUCUGAGGAGGCAGUUGGUGACACCCAGGAGCUGUCCACUUCCAUGAGCACCUCCUCUGGGCAUGCCUCCUCCACCCCUGCAGCCACUGUCACAAUGAAAAACCUGAAGCCUCUGGAGGUCAUCAAGGAGAAGACAUUUUACGUGCUUUGGUUGAUAUACUUCUUCAACACCAUUCCCAUUGGCUACAUCAACGCCAUGGGGAAGAGCUUUGGUCAGACUUUCAUCAAGGACGACCACUUCCUGGCAGUGAUGGUGUCUCUGGCUGCCAUCUUCAAUGCCAGCGGCAGAGUUGUGUGGGGGCGCCUCAUGGACCUGACUUCCUUCAGGGUUGCCAUGCGUCUGCUGACCAGCGUUCUGGCAUUUUUGUUUGCCACCAUGCCUCUCACAGCUUACAUGGGCAAGACUGCAUUUACUCUCUGGCUGUGGGCAAUAUUCUUCACCUUUUCUGGAACAUUCGUCCUCAUGCCUACUGCGACAGAGAAGGCGUUUGGAGCUGAGCAUUACUCCGCCAACUACGGACUUCUCUUUACUACUCAGGCUGUGUCGGGACCUCUGAUCGCCGUGGGCAACCAGGUGCUGCUGACGGCGUUUGGCUUCACUGGAUGCUUCUUGGUUGUUGCUGUCGUCAUUUGCCUCAGUGUGGGCAUGACUUUUCUGAUACCCAGGAGAAUCUGAAGUAUCUAAAUGGCAGCGCUUAAGAGUAAUGCAGACCUAGAAUCCUGAGCUACCACAUUUAGGCUGGGCCAGACAGGUGAGUUCAGUCUGUGGUAGAACAAAGCCUAUAGGUAGAACCUCUAUGAUAAACAGCACAAUAAUGUUUUCUCUUGUGAGUCUGAAAAGAAAUCUCAAGGAGCUGCAAGGUACAUAAGGUUGUCAAGUUUUCAUGACCGUUCUCGUUAGUCGCCACAGGAAUCUCAUAAAAUAUAUUAUAUUGUAAAGGAUCAGCACCUCCAUGGUGUAGUGGUUAGUAUGCUUAGCCUGGGACAGGUCUGAUUGAUCUUGGUCCAGGGCAGCUGAUGCACAUCUCAAUCAACUGUUCAUCCUCCCUUUUGGGCUGGUCAAUAAAUGGGCACCCGUGGUAACCCAAACAUCACACUGGCCCUGCUUAGGGUAGUGGGUUGACCACAAGCUGAAGGGUCAGUGAGACAGAGAUGAGCACCAAGGCCAUGCACAUCUAUAUUGUAUGCCCCAAACUAUACCUUUGUCAUCACUCUAUAUACAAUGCAAUGACGUGACACCGCAUGACUGUAAAAAUCAUCCUCUCCUCACUGAUCACACUUGCUAAGUGAAAUCUUACAUACAAUGACUGCUGUGGCUGACUCACUACCAGUGGUGCUUCACUCAUCAGUAAGGCUGUGUUCCCCACAUGAAUCUCUUGUGAGUCAGCAGUGUGUUGGCACCAUCUGUUGCUUUGUUUCAUGAGACAUCUCACCUCAGGAAAGCAGGGACCAAAAUGUAUCAAGUAGGAAUCUUCUCCACUUAGUGGAACCUUCAUUGUAACACAUAAGGUAAUGA